AUGGAUCCGUUUGACCCCAAGGAAUCAACCGAGGAAUCUUUCAAGCUAAUGUGCUUGCUCCCUGUGAAAUACGGCCUGUUGAAGCAUCCGCUAUUAAACUCGUGCUUUGGCCAUUAUGGACCCUGGCCGUUGUCUUUCAAGCACUUCUGGACCAUGGAGCUCCCUUUUUCUUUUCUUGUCACUUUUUUCCUUUUCUGCUUUGUUUAUUUCAUUGUUCGAUGA